AGCUCAACUAUGCCACCUUUUGCCAAUACCUAGAAAAACACACUGUCCCCACACAAAAGCUUCACUUGAUCACUUCCAUUGAUCUAUCACCCCAUUUAGAAUAUAAAAUAAAUACACACCAUCUCUACCCUCAUUCACCACUUUGCUUGAUUGGAGUAGUGACCUAUUAUUCAAACAUGCUAGCAUCUGUUGCAGAACAUGGCAUAUCAAAACCAUCAAGAAAUCAUCAAAAUUCUCACCAUUCAGAAGCACCAAAUUCCUAUGCAAACACAAGGGCAAUACUUGGCCAACCUCGACUUCAAAGGACUAAACCAAUUAUAUGGUGUGCUGCAAUUUUGUGCUUCAUAUUCAGCUUAGUACUUAUUUUCUUUGGAAUUGCAACAUUGAUUGUCUACCUUGCCAUGAAGCCACGAAACCCCAUGUUUGACAUUCCUAAUGCAAACCUCAAUGUAGUAUAUUUUGACUCACCACAGUACCUCAAUGGUGAAUUCACUCUCCUUGCAAAUUUUUCCAAUCCUAACAGGAGAAUUGGGGUGAGGUUUGAGUCCUUGAAUAUUGAGCUUUUCUACUCGAACAGACUCGUGUCAUCACAGACAAUCAAGCCUUUUACUCAAAGGCCAAGGGAAAACAGCUUGGUGUUUUUGCCUCAAGAUGUUGGUGUGAAACUUCAAAGGCAAGUGGAGAAUAACAGGGUCAACUACAAUGCAAGGGGAACAUUUAAGGUGAGGUUCAACAUGGGCCUUUUCCAUUUAUCUUACUGGCUGCAUAGCAUAUGUCAGAUAGAGAUGACUAGUCCUCCAACUGGUAUUCUAGUAGCAAGACAAUGUAUAACAAACAGAUGAAGAGGCAACAUGGUAGAGUUCUUUUGUGUUUUUUUUUUCUUUCUAGUUUCUACUUUAUUAGGAGAUAUAGCUAAUGCCUAAUGGUACAUACCAGUGUGCAACAGAGUUAAAUGAUUCUUGCGAGAAAUGAAAUCGAGAAGAUUAGCUGAUACCAUUCGAUUUUAUUUGACUUUUUUUAAUGUUUUUAUUUUUAGAUAGCGGUGGAGGGUGUUGAAGCAAUUCUAUACCAGCAGAAUUAUGAUGUACAUUUUAUUUUAUUUUUCUACUAAUAUCAGUCUAUAGUUUUUCUUCCAGAAUGGGGUGGUAAGCAAACAUUGAAUUAACUUCUUGAUAUUGUUUUCUUUAACUUCCUUAAUUGUGUCGUGUCAGCUGUACUAAUUGGAAAUCCUUUUGACUAUGUAAAAUACUUAAAGCUAAAAUGUGUUAAAAGCAGAAAAGGACUUGUCAGAGAUUGAUCAUUGACGUGGAAUCAACUAGUAUUUCAAAAGUACCCCUGCAUAAUUUAUUGUGGUGAGCCUUACAUCUCAAAAUCAUGUCUUAUUCCAGAAUCUUCGAAGCACACACAUUUACAGUAGUUUAAGCAUAUAUGCUUCGCAUGGAGGCCAUU